CACCCAGCAGAAGUGUGCUGUCAGCACAGUCCGCUCUGGAGACAUGGGACACCACGGACUCAGCCACAGGGUCCUCGCCUCCUGUGCUGUGGGCUGCCUUCCUGGGCCUGGAGCUCAGAGAGCCACCAACAUCAUCUCCCAGAUACCCUGGCGCCCAGGAUCCUAGCGUGCCCACAGCCAGGGCAGCACACAGCUGGCAAGUGGCUCCUGCAGGACAGAGCUGCAGGCACCAGCCAUAGUCUGCAGCAUGUCAGACUACGAGAAUGAGGAGGAGUGCUGGAGCACCCUGGAGGGCUUCCGGGUCAAGCUCAUCUCCAUCAUCGACCCCGCCCGCAUCACGCCCUACCUGCGCCAGUGCAAGGUUCUGAACCCCGAUGACGAGGAGCAGGUGCUCAGUGACCCCAACCUGGUGAUCCGCAAGCGGAAAGUGGGCGUGCUCCUGGACAUCCUGCAGAGGACAGGCCACAAGGGCUACGUGGCCUUCCUCGAGAGCCUGGAGCUCUACUACCCACAGCUGUACAAGAAGGUCACCGGCAAGGAGCCGGCUCGAGUCUUCUCCAUGAUCAUCGACGCAUCUGGGGAGUCUGGCCUGACACAGCUGCUGAUGACGGAGGUCAUGAAGCUGCAGAAGAAGGUGCAGGACCUGAGUGCGCUGCUGAGCUCCAGGGAUGACUUCGUCAAGGAGCUGCAGGUGAAGGAUGGCCUGCUGCGCACGCACCAGGAGCAGGUGCAGCGGCUCAGGGAGCAGUGUGAGGCCGGGGGCCGCGAGCUCAAGCGCUGCAAGGAGGAGAACUACGACUUGGCCCUGCGCCUGGCGCGCCUGAGCGAGGAGAAGGGCGCCGCGCUCAUGCGGAGCCGUGACCUGCAGCUGGAGGUGGACCAGCUCAGGCACAGCCUCAUGAAAGCGGAGGACGACUGCAAGGUGGAGCGCAAACACACGCUGAAGCUGAGGCACGCCAUGGAGCAGCGGCCCAGCCAGGAGCUGCUGUGGGAGCUGCAGCAGGAGAAGGCUCUGCUGCAGGCCCGCGUGCGGGAGCUGGAGGCCUCCUCGCAGGAGGGGAAGCUGGACAGGAACAGCCCCUACAUCCAGGUGCUGGAGGAGGACUGGCGCCAGGCCCUGCGGGACCACCAGGAACAGACCAACACCAUCUUCUCCCUGCGCAAGGACCUCCGCCAGGUGGAGGCCCUCCGCACCCGGUGCAUGGAGGAGAGGGAGCUGUUUGAGCUGCAGUGCCUGGCCCUGCGCAAGGACUCCAGGAUGUACAAGGACCGCAUCGAGGCAGUCCUGCAGCAAAUGGAGGAGGUGGCCAUUGAGCGGGACCAGGCCAUGGCCUCUCGGGAGGAGCUUCACACGCAGUGUGCGCGGAGCCUGCAGGAGAAGGACGAACUGCGCAGGCGGGUCCGGGAGCUGAGCGAGAAGGCAGAUGAGCUGCAGCUGCAGCUGUUCCAGUGCGAGAGCCGGCUGCUGGCCACGGAGGGCAGGCUCAAGCAGCAGCCACCAGACAUGAGCUCCGAUCUGGAGGAUGGGUCCCCCAGGAACUCCCAGGAGCUCUCCCUACCCCAGGACGUGGAGGAGGAUGUGCAGCUCUCCGACAGAGGUGAGCAGGCAAUAUGGGCACCUGCUCCUCUGGUCCAGCCGCCCUGGAGCCGUGGCCUUCUGGUCCCCCGAGCCCUGGCCAUUAACUUGCUCCCUGUCUCUUCAGUCUUCACUCCCCAUUCCACAGACAGGGACACUGAGGCUUGGGGGUGUUAUCAGGUCAAGGAUGCCCAGAGAACAGAGAACCUGAUUCAAACCUUGGGCCCAGCUGGCAGGGUCCAUGGCCCACUGAGGACAGGUCCCCCCAUGGGCAGUGGGUGCAGAGCCCCCACCCUGGUGGGCCCUGGGAACUCAGAGUGGAACAGGGCUUCCCCACCCUGUGCUCACAGAGCUUCCUCCUGCAGUGGAAGGCACAGUGCCCACAGGAAGCCAGCGUCCAGGCUCAGAAGGCCAGAAACAGGGAUGGGGCUGCAUGCAGGGUGACAGGGUGGGGGCAGCGCGUGCUGUCUGCAGUGGUGGGGCUGUUGGGGGCUUCAAGGAGGCCAGGCAGGAUUCCUCCUUGGCUCGUUUUUAAAUUGGGCUGUUGGCCCUAGCGACAGUGGGGGCGGAGAGGAAGAGGAAUGGCGCAUCGGACUGGCCUGGAUGUGGGCAGGAGCUGGAGGAGUCUGCGCUGAGGGUGGGGGCCGGCGGGAGGACUGCCCGGGUGCUGGGAGGUUGCGUGGGAAGUCAGACAGACUUCCUCAGGGUUGCCUAAGCCCAGCCUCCAAGCAGAGGCAAAAGGGGAAGAAGUGGCGGCAAAUGCAGAAGUGGGGGGCCGGCCGUCUGCCACAACCCAGAGACAGGAACUCACUGCAGAGCCCCACGUGUACAGAGGCAGUGGGACUCGGGAGCAGCUCCGGGGGGCUGCGGCAGGAGCUGCAGCA